AUUGAAUUGGUAAUUUCGGGUUUGUACAUUGUUUAAAUCUACCCACUAUUGUCAUCUGCAACUGCAAGCACUAUCCCAAGCAGAUGAUGGUUGAAGGUUCACUACUACUAACGACAUUUAACGAAUUCAUAUAUGGCUAAACCUCGUUACCUCAUUCUCCUUCUUCUUCUCUUCGUCACUCUACAAUCUUCUUCUCUUUCCGUUGCUGCUUCACCCUCAGAUCACAACUACAACAUUGGAGAUACUCUUCCUUUCUUCGUCAACAAAGUUGGACCCUUCAACAAUCCCAGUGAGACAUAUGAAUACUAUGAUUUACCAUUCUGCAAACCAGACCCAAUAGUGAGAAAGAAAGAGUCACUUGGUGAAGUUCUUAAUGGCGAUCGUUUGAGCAAUGCUUUGUAUGAGUUCAAGUUCAGGGAAGACAAGGAUGGGGAAACAUUAUGCCAAAAGAAGUUUACAAUUGAUCAAAUUGGAAGCUUGAAACAAGCUAUAAACAGUGAAUUUUACUUCCAGUUUUACCUUGAUGAUCUUCCAUUUUGGGGAUUUAUUGGGAAACUUGAAGAGGAUAAUGGUGAGGGAGGAUCAAAUUAUUACCUUUUCACACAUGUUCAAUUUGAUGUUCUUUACAAUGGGAACCGAGUCGUAGAAGUAAAAGCAUUUGGUGAUCCAAAUCGCGCUGUAGAUAUAACCAAAGCUGUUGAUAUUGAUGUUAAGUUUACUUAUUCUGUUAUCUGGAAUGCAACUGAACUACGGUUUGAGAAUAGGAUGGGGAGAUACUCCAGAGCUUCGUUGCUUCCUGUGUAUCGUCAAGUUCAUUGGUUCUCGUUCAUUAACUCCAUUGUCAUCAUUUUGCUUUUGGUCGGUCUGCUUGCGCUGCUUUAUACUAGACAUUUGAAGAGCGAUUUGAAAAAGUAUUCUAGUGCUAAUGAAGAAGAUAGGGAAGUUGGAUGGAAAUCCAUCGAUGGUGAUGUAUUCAAACAUCCUCCAAACUCGUCCUUAUUUUUUGCUGUUGUGGGAACUGGUACCCAAUUGCUAAUCUUGCUUUGUGUCCUACUGUUCCUAGCAAUUAUCGGUACCCUGUAUCCAUACAAUCGUGGAGGACUAUCAAGUUGUCUUGUUCUUCUAUUCACUCUUUCAUCUAUUUGUGCUGGGUACUCAACAGCAUCCUUCCAUGGCCAAUUUGCUGAGAAUGGAUGGGAGAGGAGUGUUGCUAUAGCAAGCAUUCUUUACAUUGGACCGGUGUUUGUUACCGUCUCAAUCCUCAACAUUGUUGCAAUAUCUUACAGGGUUACUGCUGGACUCCCAUUGGGCUCCAUCCUUGUGAUUCUUGUUUUAUUCACAUUUGUUGCAAUCCCACUGCUUGCAUUUGGUGGAGUAAUUGGAUACCGGUUUAGGUCUGAGUUUCAGCGCCCGCCUGCUACAAAGAGAUAUCCUAGCAGAGAGAUUCAACAACAGGUUCCUUGGUACAGGAGAACACCAUUUCAAAUGUUCAUUGGAGGUUUUGUGCCUUUUAGUGCAAUUGUCUUGCAAUUACAUCAGGUGUAUGCUAGUAUGUGGGGCUACAAAAUAUACACUCUUCCCGGCAUUUUGGUCGCCACACUUGUCACUGUCAUCGUGAUUAUUGCACUCGUAAAUGUAGGCUUGACGUACAUUCAACUAUCUGUGGAAGACCAUGAAUGGUGGUGGAGAUCUGUAAUGUGUGGUGGUUCGACAGCCAUUUUCAUGUUCGGAUAUUGUAUCUACUUCUAUGCAAGAUCAAGCAUGAGUGGAUUCUUACAAUUAUCCUUCUUUAUUGGCUAUAAUGCAUGCAUAUGCUAUGCUUUCUUCCUGAUAUUUGGUGCCAUCAGUUUCCGAGUUUCGUUGCUAUUUGUUCGCCAUAUAUACCAUAAUGUUAAAAGAGAGUGAGUCACAAAUGUCAUGCACAGAGCAACAUCAUCAUUGAUGAAUUCUUUCCUUGGGAAGGUGAAGUUUACACAACACAUUUGUGCGAAAUUGUAUUCUAUAUUGAUUGAUAUUGAUUUUCACCAGAAUCAAGAUCAAAUCCAUGACUGCACAUUCUGGAAGAGCCAUAGAAGAAGAGAUGAGUGGAAUCAUAGAUGAUAGGUUGUUAGAAUUUGAAACCAAGUGAAUUAAGUCCCCAAGUUGUGUGUGUAUGAGGAACUCUCUUUUUCAGAUCUUUUUUACAUUCGUGAUGAGUUUUAUUAAUGAGCUUUUGUUAAUUACGAAUUGACAUGCUAGUCUUUUAAUUGAACGUUCCAAAAGUGGGUUUUGAAACACUUCACAGAAAGAAAUUUGUUUAUUCUAA